CGCGGACGUCAGAGUGGAGAGCGGAAGGUCAGGGAGGCUCAGAGCGGAAGUGAGACUAGGGAGCCUGUCCGCCAUUGUGGACCCGAGAAGCGGAGAGCGAGAGGGGAGGAGAGCGUGCAAGCGGAAGAGACGGGCCCCUUCCACCGACUCCCGAGCGCGAGGCCCUCUUUCUGGCUUCUUAGCGAGCGGCGGCGGCUGGAAGAGUCUCUCGGCCGAGGGCGGCAGCCAACUGCUGUGAGUGCACGGGGAGAGGCCCAGGCGGCGGCGGCGGUAGCAGCAGCAGCUCUCGGGUUGCGGUGAAGAAUGUCAGCCACUAGCGUGGAUCAGAGACCUAAAGGGCAAGGAAAUAAAGGAUUAGAGAAACAGUUCGUCUCGGCUAAGGCAGCCAAAUGCUGUCCGAAAGUUUGAUCUGUGGGGAGGUGGCACUUUGCAAGGCUAUUUGAAAUGCUAAGUGUUUUGUGUUACCUGCUUUAAGGUGGGAAAACAUGAUGCACAGAUCUGUUGACUUUCCUAACUUGAUGUAGUCAGGACCAGAGCAAAGAAUCACCUGGCUCCUAAGGCCCAUGUUCUAUCUUGAUUUGACUCUGCUUCAUAGAGCAGAGGAAACAGGCGAAGAAUCAUUUUCAGUGCAAAACGGUUCGAUUCAUCAAAAAGAUGCUGUAAAUGAUGAUGAUUUUGAGCCAUACUUGAGUAGCCAGACAAAUCAGGGGCUUAGAAGAUUGAUUUUUUGGCAUUCCACAGAGAUGCUUCAGAAUAACAGCUAUCCACCAAUGUCAGAUCCAUACAUGCCUAGUUACUAUGCUCCAUCCAUUGGAUUUCCAUAUUCUCUUGGGGAAGCAGCAUGGUCCACAGCUGGAGACCAGCCUAUGCCAUAUCUGACAACCUAUGGACAAAUGAGUAAUGGAGAACAUCAUUAUAUACCAGAUGGUGUGUUUAGUCAACCUGGGGCAUUAGGAAAUACCCCUCCAUUUCUUGGUCAACAUGGAUUUAACUUUUUUCCUGGUAAUGCUGAUUUCUCUACAUGGGGGACAAGUGGAUCUCAGGGACAAUCAACACAAAGUUCUGCUUAUAGUAGCAGUUACGGCUAUCCACCUAGUUCUCUUGGGAGAGCUAUUACUGAUGGACAGGCUGGAUUUGGCAAUGAUACUUUGAGUAAGGUGCCUGGCAUUAGCAGUAUUGAGCAAGGCAUGACUGGACUGAAAAUUGGUGGUGACCUGACAGCCGCAGUGACAAAAACUGUAGGAACAGCUUUGAGCAGCAGUGGUAUGACUAGCAUUGCAGCCAAUAGUGUGCCCCCCGUUAGCAGCGCAGCGCCUAAGCCAACCUCCUGGGCUGCCAUUGCCAGAAAGCCUGCCAAACCUCAACCGAAACUCAAACCCAAGGGCAGUGUGGGUAUUGGGGGCUCCGCCGUGCCACCACCUCCUAUAAAACACAACAUGAAUAUUGGAACUUGGGAUGAAAAGGGGUCAGUGGUAAAGGCUCCAGCAGCCCAGCCAGUUCUGCCUCCUCAGACUCUAGUCCAGCAGCCUCAGCCGUUAAUUCAGCCGCCACCAUUGGUGCAAGGCCAGCUGCCCCCGCCGCAGCCGCAGCCGCAGCCGGGAGUGCAGCCGCAGGCCCAGCCUCACCCAGCGCAGCCGCAGCCGCUGCAGAAUCGCUGGCUCGCUCCUCGGAACAGGGGGGCGGGCUUCCACCAGAACAGUGGAGGGGGAGGCGAAAACUUUGGUUUAGGUGUUGUUCCUGCCAGUGCUUCACCUUCAAGUGUAGAAGUGCAUCCAGUGCUGGAAAAGCUAAAGGCCAUAAACAACUACAAUCCCAAAGACUUUGACUGGAACCUGAAGAACGGACGGGUGUUUAUAAUUAAAAGCUAUUCUGAGGAUGACAUACACCGUUCCAUUAAGUACUCUAUCUGGUGUAGUACUGAGCAUGGUAAUAAGCGUUUGGAUGCCGCUUACCGUUCCCUGAAUGGGAAGGGCCCACUCUAUUUGCUCUUCAGCGUGAAUGGCAGUGGACAUUUUUGUGGAGUGGCUGAGAUGAAGUCUGUUGUGGACUAUAAUGCGUAUGCCGGUGUCUGGUCUCAGGAUAAGUGGAAGGGCAAAUUUGAAGUUAAAUGGAUCUUUGUCAAAGAUGUUCCCAAUAACCAGUUACGGCAUAUUCGCUUAGAAAAUAAUGACAACAAACCAGUUACCAAUUCAAGGGACACCCAAGAGGUACCCCUAGAAAAAGCUAAGCAAGUGCUUAAAAUAAUUGCUACUUUCAAGCACACCACCUCAAUCUUUGAUGACUUUGCACAUUAUGAAAAGCGUCAAGAAGAGGAGGAAGCCAUGCGUAGGGAGAGAAAUAGAAACAAACAAUAACCAUAUGAAGAUGUCCUGUUAGAAUUAUACAACACUAAUGAUGUAGACUCUGGAAAUGCCUAAUAAGUCAAAGAAGACGUUAUUAAAGCUUUUUUCUGCUUAAGGUGACAUCUUUGAACUCUAACACAGAACUGACUCUUCUUGUAAUGGUUUUCAUCAGCGCAUCUGCCCUUAGACUCUCACCAAACACACUUGAGAACUGUAACUUCGUCAAGCACUUUCUGUCCUGAAGCUUUUACCAGUAUCUGCUGUCUUUUGUAAUUAUGCAUCCUAGCUAAGGCACAGAAGACUGAAUGAAUGCAAGGAUUCAUUGACUCUUUGAAUUUGUUAAAUACUAACAGUUAACCAUUAGAAGUGGUUCAAUGAUGUAAGAGUCACACUGCUUCAACUUCUUCUUUGUUGUAGUUUUUAAAUUGUCAAUUUUUAGCUAAUUGACAGAUUAAAAGCAAAAUAAUCAUGCCAUAUUUAGUCCUGGAGUUCAAGUCUAAAUGUUUAUGUGAAAAUUAUUGUAGUAAACUUUUAAUAUGGCAAAGCAACCUUAUGCUCUAUUUUAGCCAAAUGAAACAUAAUCUGAGAUUAUAUUAGAACAUUUCCCUUGUCUUCAAACUGUUUGGUGUAACAGAAUAUUGAUAUGCAGCUUGGUGGAUUUCACCAGUUAAUGCACAUUCUCCUCCCCUCCUUCCCCCAAUAAUAUGUAUACUGAAAAAUGUGCAUUUGUCUGAGGAAUUAUUUUGUUUGCUACCACUUAAUGAAUCUCAAAAUUUUGAGUAAUGUACCUCAGUCUAAUCAGACUUUUUAUGACCUUUAUAACUACAUUUAAAACCCUUAAUUCCUCUUUCUGGGUGUUUGCGAGCCUGAUUGCUGUCAUGAAGUAAAAAAUUUAUGACUCUAGGUCUUCACUAGCUAAAUAAACAUAGUUCUUGUUUAGCAAGCAUAUAUUGUUCCUCACCUCCUUUCUCCAGCUUUUGCAGUGUCCUGGCAUCCUUAAACUAUUUGAAAAUAUGGCCUUGAUCCAUGGAUUAAAUCAGUAUCUAAGUGAAUGUGUUGAUGUUUUAUUGAUCAGAUCUAUAUAAAUGGGAAUACAGCAUAUAUCUGGGUAUUCUUAUAGUUAUCUUUUUAACAUCUUAUUUUUUUCAUUAAUUACAUAUCAACAUUAAUUUUGUAUCUUGAAACAAAUUGAUUUUGUAUAAUUAUGUGUCAAGCAUCUGUAUUAACUGAUUUGAUGGCACAUGGUUAUGAAAUAAUGUACUGCCCCUUAUAUUACUGUUCCAAAAGGAGAAAGCUAUGUAGAAAGAUAUGUUAAGGAUGAAAAUAGCAAUACAGUAGAUUUGAGUACCUUGAUGUUUUGCAUUACUCCACUUAUGUUUACAUCAUGUUUAGAAAUGUUUUCAUUUACUAUGGUCUUUGGUCACUUCAAUUCAGAAAUUUAGUGACAGAUAUUUCUUUGAGGCUUUCAUUUGUAUGAUUUUUUUUUGUACAAUGUUUUCUUAAAAUGUACAAAUACUGUAUUGAAGUGAAAACCGAUACAGUAUUUGUAGCUAAAUUGUAGCUACUUCACAGUGCUUUGGUAGUCCCAGGAUAGUUACCAGUGUUUACUGAAGGGAACAUCAAAAUGUUAAUAGUAUAUUACAAAAUAAAGGCUUUCUUAAAGGAAAAUUGCACCUAUUUCACCUUUUUUAAGAGUAAGCCAUGUAAUCUUGUAACGUGUCUCGUAACUAUUUGUAAUGACAAUUGGCAUUUGGGUAGAGUCACCACAGCAACGUUCUACAUCCCUAGGAUGCUAUAGGUAGGACGUGUCAGAGAGGACCACUGUCACUCUGGAGGUCCUGUUAGAGAAAACUGUACAGGGGUGACCUUGUGGAAAGGAUCUGAGUCUUCUCUCUGAGGUUCUCUUCUUCUUGGUGCUUUAUUAGCAACUCUGAAUAUUUUUUAUAAAACUAGCUACAUUAUACACGGAUUGAAACUUGUUUAAUUUACAUUAGGUUUCUGUGUAAGAGACGUCACGGAAACACUCAGCAAGCAGGCUGAUUGCAAUAGCGGACUCAGAAAUGUCAGAUGUAACUCAGCAGUCUACUCAUGGUGAGGAGUACAUCCCAGUGCCUUUAACCUGGAUUUCUAAUAUUAAGUGAAAUGGGUGCAGCAUUCCUUUGGGGAAGAAAACAAGACAAAACAAAACUUUUCAAUUGGUAAAGUUCUCAUUUUCCUCAUUUAAAUUUUCUUCAGAGUGCCUGCUCUCUCUCCCUCCUUGGCCUGUCAGUGUUCAGCAAAAUGUGUUUCCUCUGAGUGAGAUGAUCAGAGGUGGUCUCAGUAGCACAACUAAUGGAAGGUUUCUUAACUGUAGGGACCAAGAGGGAGAGAAACCGGGCUCUAGAGCAGGAGACUGAUCCAGUGUUUUGAGUAAUCACAAAUUGAGACAUUAUUGGCCCAGUAAAUUUCUUGCUUAAUGUUUUUCCUAGAUCUGGUUUGAAUGUUUCUUAAUUAAAGUUAUCUUAUGUGGGUGUUUUAUUUUGAAAGGUAUUAUAUAGUUUGUAUAUUUAACAGUAAGGGGGAAAAUGUAACCAAAAUUAGUAUUCUUUCUCUAUACAUAUUGGUACUUGAAGAUUCCUUUCAGAAGAAACCCCAGCCUUUUCCUAAGUUCAAUCCUCGUUUUAACUUAAGUGAUUUUUCUAAUUCAAAAGCUGUGUUCUUUUUGAAUACCAUGCAUGGGGGUUAAGCUGAUGUUAAAACAGUUUGCAAUAAAAAAAGAAUCAGCUUAAGUCAUUUAAUCAUUUCAAGUGCAUUCUGCAUCCUAUAAAAAUAAGUUUGAGAACUUUAAGAGAAUUGUUUCAUUAAGUUUUGCAUAUCUUUUGUUAUGCCAUGUAAAUUCCCUUUUUCAUAUGAUUAAAGAAAGGUUAUGAUAAAAUGAUUAGUUCAUUUACAUUCACUUGUAGCAAUUACAUGAGAAUUUAAAUUUUGUCGUGUUUGGGUUUGUUCAUUCCUGUGAAUGAUGGUACAGUUAGGUGAGAUUUUCUGUUAUGGUACCCAAACUCACCAUUUGGUCCUCUUUAAUCUUUGAGGGUUUCAAUAAAAAUUGUUCACUCAUAUCUGUGUUCUUUCCAUUUUAUCUUUGUAAAUACAGAUUGCCUUGCAGAAAACGUAACAUUCUUGUCAAC